CCACAGUGGUGCUGACAGGACUGGAGCCCAACACAACAUACGAGGUUCGAGUGGCAGCUGUCAACGGAAAGGGCCAGGGCGACUUCAGCCACACGGAAACCUUCCAGACCUUACCCAUCCGAGAGCCGAGUCCGCCAGCAGUCCAUGGGCAGAGGGACAUGGGCAGGGCCUACAGGCUGGGGCUGGUCAAGCAGGACGACGGAGGCAUGCCCAUUGUGGAGUAUAUAGUCAAGUACAAGACUGAUAAAGAGGAACAGUGGAUGACCAAGCUCGUUCCAGGUGCGAAGGACCAUGCCUUGCUGCACCCGCUCCAGUGGAACACGAGAUAUGAAGUGGAAAUCACAGCGCGCAACGUGAAAGGCCUGUCGGAGCCCACCUUCUAUCAGUUCUUCAUGCCACAGAAACCUGACAUUACAGCAGAAUCCCUGUUCAGCGGUCUGGGGCUGGGGGCGGUGGUGGGCCUCGGCCUGGGAGCGCUGCUGCUGCUCCUCGUGCUGGUGGACGUCAGCUGCUUCUUCCUGCGUCACUGCGGCCUGCUCAUGUGCAUCACGCGCACCCUGUGCAGCAAAAAAACAGCCACCAGCGGCAAGGGCAAAGAAAUCGAGGAGGGGAAGGCCGCCUAUCUGAAGCUACCACUGAAGGAAGAAAAUGGAAGAGAGGUUCUCAAGCCAGAUACGAUUGAAAUCAAAGUGCACAGUGACAACAGCAUCCACACAAAGCCCGACGACAGCAAAGCGUAAAAGGGUCGGUCCUCCCGCCACCAAAAGAACAUUCGGAUCACAAGACCAAAACCCAGAGAAACUACAACACUGGAAAAUAGUGGAGUAAAAUACCAUAUCUGUUUAUAGCAAUGCCCCAGAGAAAGGCAUGUGUAAAUACAAAAAAUAAUAGAGAGAAAAUAGAAAGGAAGAAAGUGUCAACCUUUUAGACACCCUGAGUGAUUAAUGUAUCAUGUUCUUACAAACAUGGCAUCAGUGGAAAGCUCUUGUUGAUCAAUGAUUGUAUAUUAUUUUCUGCCUUAAGUAUUAUUUCUCAGAUUCUGGGGGGUUUUUUUGUUUGUUUGUUUAUUUGUCUGUUUUACACCCCACAUGGGAUUUUCAUGCAGUUGAAAGGUGUUUCUAGCACUCUCCUCUUUGAUGUCUCUCAAAAAAGACAAUCACCAGCAGAGGCAUAAGCUGGUACGCUGGUGUGCCCCAAAUAUCUCAAUGCUAAUGCUUUUUUUUUGUCUUUGUAAGAGCAAUGCAUGGGCUGACCUUCACUGCAGGAUGUCACAGUGAUUUAAGCCUGUUUCCAUGCCUGAGUGUUACUCUAUAACAUCCUUUUUAUGCCUGUGAUAGCCAAGCUAGGUGCCUAGCUUACAAAGACAAAUUCUCAGUCAUUGUACUUUAAGCUAGCAGGCUUCGCUAGCACACAGUAAAGAAGUCCUUAAAAGCUCUGACGCUUUAUUGUCUAAAGAAAACUCUUAUGUGAUGCAUUAGUUCUUGGUUGCAUUUCUACCUGAAACAAUAUUAAUUUUUUCCAGAAGACUUUAGGCCUAAUAUUUGGUUUGGUUUGAUUUCAGAAGGGCUUUUGCGACUCUUUAUAAGUACUCAACAGUAUCCAAAAAUCACAAGAAGGAAGAGUGUGUUGCAGUCUAUGAAGUAUACAGUACAAAAACCACACAUGUGCAUUGAUGUCACUGUUAGCAAAGCCUUUUAAAUUGACGCCGAAUAUUGUUGCCGCUCUUCAGGCGUCUCACUCUCUAACAAUGUGCGCAUAAGAAUGUUUUAUUCAUCAGCUGCAUACACCGUAAUGUGUCGUAUAUUGUUGCCAGAGGUUAGCCGCACUGCAAGUCAAUUUACACUUUGGUAUACAACGAGUAAUGAAAAAAUUAUGUUAAUGUGUUGAAAGGCGUCCCCGUGAGUGCCCUGACCAGUAAUCUUUGCUAUCUGUAAAAGCAGAAGUAGCAGCAAGGUACCACUCAAGGCAUGGGAACAAAAGAGAAAAGGUAUGCUCGAGAGAAAUAAAUCAACAUUUACGUCAUGUCUGUUUUAAAUGAUAAACUUUGGUUUCUUUGAUUAUUCUUGCCUCAGAUUGGCCUCUGAUGCCGUUUUUCUUUCUUUGGUCUGGUCACUAUUCUCUCUGAUGUUGUCACGUGUUGUACAUAGAUGAAAAAAAAAGAGUAUUUUACAAAGCUUUUAUGUAAAUAUACCCUAAAGGAUGUGUCCUUUUUUCCAAAUGCAAAAGGCUUGGCUUUUUCUUUUCUUUUUUUUGUGAACACUCCUUGGAUGAAAAGCUGUUGGCUGUUUUUUUUUUUCUUUUCUUCUUCUUUUUUUUUCCUUCUCUUGUGUUUUGGUCCAAAGUUCAGUGAUGGUGUAAUAUUGUUUUUUCCUAGUCAUUUGCUUUCCCUUAAGAAAAACCCAUGUCCUGAGGCUAUUUCACAGCAUUUCAAUGGAGGCAGUAAUUACGGCAUUAGUGUGCCUUCUCUUUUUUUUUUUUUUUUUUUUUUUUUUAAACCCCCCCCCCCUCCCUCUUGUGGCCCAAAGUCGCUGUAGCAGUGUAGACCAACAAAUGAACUUUUGAUCACAGCUUAGCUGCUUUGUGCCACAGAAUGUGUCAUAAGAUUGAAUUGUAUUGUGAUGCUGUGGUUUCUGGGAAACGUAGUCAUAGGAUUGUGGGUUCUAAUCACCGACACUGGACAGGAACGGACGUGUGCAACUACCUAGUACAACUAGAUGUCAGGUCGAGGCUGUUGAGUGGUUUGAUGGCAUCACAUGAAUCAUUACAUGACUGUGUGUGUGCGCAUGUAUGUGUGCAUACAUCCAUGGGUAACUACACUCGUCUACAUGAAUCAGGUUGCAUGUAUGUCCGCUGAAUGUAUCUGCACGUACUGUAAGUUAAUCCGUUUGUAUGUUUGCGAGGAUGUGUUCCCAUUUUUACAGUUUUUUGUUUUUUUUUUCAAUUUUCCACAAUAAGAGUCUCCAGAUUCCAAACCUUACACUACAUUAAAGAGUUAAGUGCUAUUCUGGCAUUUAUUAUAUUUAUUUUUUAAUGUUGUUACCUAUUUAUAAUAAAGUGCGAGUACACUUUCCAUCUCCAUGGUGCACCAUGUGGCAAGCGAAGGUGAUGAUGCGAAGGUGAUGAUGACCACAUGCCAAGUGUGAAUGUCAGAGUGCUCUAAGUGCACGGAGUGUUUCCUUUUUAAAACAUUUUUUUAAACCGUAGUGCGAGUUGGCGAGAGCUCUCACGCCGAGUUCCGGGGUGUGCUCUGAUAGUUAAAACCUGAUUAUGUAGCUCUCGACAGUGAUUAAUUCCCUAGGCUGCAGCACUCCUUCCAUGUGUCUGCCAGCCCCCCUCCUGUCCUCCCCACCUGCCCCCCUCUCCGCCACUGUUCCCUGCCUCUCAGACUCCACUGGUUUUUAUCUCAGACUUACGUAGUGCUGGCUUUGUUUUCUCACAGCGAGCCCUUGUACCUGCAUAUCUCUAAAGGAUGGUCCUGCCAUGGAGUGGUUCCGCUGCCUGUUACGAUCACUGUAAAUAUGGGAGCACAGUGCCUGGGGGCUAUACGAUUUGUACAUGUUCUUUUGUAUUUGAAUAUAAGUCUAACCCCCCACCCCCCCACCUCUGUCCUUCUUCUCCUCCGGUCCCUUCCUCCCAUCCCCUCUCUCGUCCUCCUUUCCUCUCUGUCUCCUCCAUCAUCCAUCGGCCCUUUUUUCUGUAAAAGGGGGGUUAAAAAAACAGGUGUGUUUGAGCUCAGUGUACAGUAUGUGUCCUCUUUGUCCCCAUGCUCCCCGUGUCCCUUGGACUGUCCCCGCUGAGUGUGCUUUGUGCAGGAGGUGGGAACUAUUGAUGUCUCUCUGUACGUACCUGUGGAACACUUGUGACUCCUAUCAUUGGCCGCUGUAAAUAAACAUGUCCUGGUAGAAGACAGCGAGACGUUGUCGUUCCUGAUCUCACUUUUU